AUGGCAACCGGAAUCAACACGUUAGCUGCGUACUGUCAGUUCAUACCAGAGACGGUAGAUAAAUCGCUGUUCCGGUAUGAAGAUGUGGACCCAAGAGAGGCCGACUUCUUUUCCCGCUUCUCUGAGAUCGAAGUUGAGGACGAAGACAUCAAAAUAGACGAUGCGACCAAUCUUCCUACGACAGAUGCCGCAGCACGUCUAGUGGUCGCGUGCCGCAAGCGCUUCUUCCCAAUGGACGAGGAAAUCUCUCACACCUUCGGGUUCAAGUUCUUCGCUAAAGGAGCCGAUCGAGCGCGACUCUUCCGUGUCUACUGCCACAUCGUCCACAACGGCAUCACAGACGAACAGCUUCGAAAGGCAUGCGAGGACGACAACUUACAGAAGCUCCUGAUAUCGAGCUGCCAUGAGACCGGCCUGGCUGACGAUGCCGCUUGGCUCAAACGUCUCCAAGGCUUCGGUACCAACUCGCAAUGUCCUGUUUUUGGGAAUAUUUCCUGUGACGUGGCGAGCCAGUGGUGUCCUCCCCAACUCUGCGACACCAUCAUGACGGAUAUUCGUCCUCUCGCGAAGCGCCAAGCCUUUGUGUUUUGGACACAGAUGAAGCUUGGUCUGAUUCCUAACGUGGACGAGGACAAUUGGAUUGACCUUGGAUUCUGUACGGCUCCCAACUGGCAGAGCUUGUUGCACAUGCGGCGCGCCUACCGGAAGCUUCUCCACGAGACAUGUCGCGAUGAGUUCUGGAGCGCCAUAACGCACUCCACUAUUCCAUUCUUGUUCGAAAAGCAUGGCCUGUCUACCGAAAUUGCUGGACUUCGCAACUUCAGGGGCCUAAUGAAAGUCGUCGGGCAAAGUUAUGAAAGUGUCUGGCAACUUAAGAGGUACGCUCAAUGGGAGGGAACUGGGCCGGUUUCUGCUGUUGCCGUCGACUACGGGUUCAUGAACUGCAAGACGCCGAGACAGCGUCAGCGACUCCGCCAGCUAUAUGCUGAUUACUUCGCCAAGGGGAAGGACGAGAUAAAGUUACAUCAAGCAUGUAUUCGCGGCGAAUUGGCCCCAUUUCUCCGAGAAGCUUUGGGUAGACUUUCGGUACCCGAUCAGCUGCUUACCAACGCGUAUCCCGUGGAGCCUCUGGAUCAGAUGGGUAUGAUCACCGUUGGAAAGACCAUCUUUGCGCCGCCGUCAGUCCACAAUGAAGCUGAAAUUGUUGCUCGCGCAGAAGGCAAUGGUGCCAGAGUUGUUCCCAUACUGGAAAGCCAUACGGAUAGUAUGCGUGGUAUGAUGGAGGACAUGGCAGCGUCAUUGCAUGAUUGCACUCACAGAUAG